AUGGCAUCUGCAUCAGGUAGCGUGUUCGGUGAGACGCUUCAUACAAUCACCACCACCAAACUUGAGGAGCUCGCAAAGCAACGCGUUGCCUUUGAAGAAGAGUACUCUGCGCUACUCGACUCCAUAAAAGCAGAACCAGAUCCACUCAAGCGUGUAGGCCUCUUACUUGAUGGCUCGAAAAUAUGUCUUGGCAUUCGGACGGACAAUAAGGGAACCAAAGAUGGCCGGACCAGCCGUGUAAUUAUCAACCGAUCCCGCAAUAUUCGCCUUGAGACCGAUAUUAGGAACCUUGAUCGUUUCAUUGAGCAAGCUCGCUUCGACCCCUCCGUCUCAUUAAAAGUCAUCGCGGACUGGGAAAAGACGCUGCUCCAAUAUCUUUCAGUUCAGUCUACGAAGUUUCAGUACGCGGACCUCUAUGGCAAGCUCGUCACCGAAUGGCUUUCUUCCGAUAAGACCACGGGUGGGGAUGCUGAUGUUGAAAUGACGGGGAGUUUUGAGGAAAUACCCGGUGCAAAGAAGCUUGCUUCACGUGUCGAGUGGGAGAAGGAUGUCUUCCAGGCGGCUGGUGUAGAUGAGCAAGAACUACAUUCGUACCUCCAAGAGCUAUUUGUAGUAAACAAGAAAGCGGGAACAGCAGCAAUCCGUGACCUACGUCAGAAAGUGGUCGAGUUUGAGAACAAUUUCAACGACUCAGCGCAGUUUAACCAGUUUACUCUGCGCGAAGCAAUCCAAGGGCUCCAAAACUCUGAUCUUCUCUCGAAUGAGAAGCGAGAGACUUUGAGAGACUUUCUUAGUAAUGAUGUGAUCCUGCUGGAACUCUGCGACAUCCUCAACAUACGAAUGACAGCUCUCGGCCGCUGGACUUGGGGUGCUGAAGUUCUACUAGAAGAACGAAGGAAGAUCAACGGAGAGUUCUCCAUCCAUUUUGAUUCCGAUCUUCUCCAGGCAAUCUUCUUGCAUCACAUUGGCGUAAAGUGGUCUGUAUUCUUCAAAUCAGCAUUCUCAGCCAUGCAUAAACACGAGGCUUGGACACGGAACGCCACUGAGAUUCCAAAAACCGACCGCAUCCGGCGCUCGUAUUUCUUGGGCGACCAAGGUACCAAGGUCGCCGCGAGUCUCGAACAGAGGCGCAAAAGUAGGCAUCAUGCCCGAUACUUCGCACACCAAUUGUUGGACUUUGAAACCCAGCAAAUCGAGACAGAAGAAGGUGAAGAAGAAGCCGAGUAUGGUGAUUAUGUCGUCAAGAAGCGUAGGAUGGCAGGUCAAGCCCCAGCCAUUGCUAUGGUAUCUUCGAUGCCAGGGCGCCCCAAGCAGACUGCAAGAAAAUCUACUGGUGGCAAAGCACCCAGGAAACAACUUGCCUCUAGGGCCAUGAGAUACAGCGCGCAAGAGGAUCUGCAUCUGCAUGAGGAUAUAGGGACGGAUGAAGACGAAGAAGAUGAGGAUGAUGAAGAUGAAGAGUACGAUUAUGAAGACGACAUGUACCGCCAUGAAUCGAAAAAACCAAUGGAAGCGAAGCAAAGCCUACUUCACCUUUUAUCCACCGAAGUUAUCGUCAACACACGGCUGCAUGGGGAACUUACUUGUUUCCGUACGAUUUUCGACUCCUGGAACUCUCUUCUGCCCCAUGAGACGAUUUUGACGGUCCUCAGCUUUCUUGGUAUCUCGGACAGGUGGACAAAGUUCUUUGCGCGUUACCUCCAUGCACCGUUGAAGUUUGCAGAUGACCCAUCUUCUGAGCCGCGUUUGCGCCGUCGAGGCAUGCCUGGCUCCCACACACUAAGUGAUACGUUGGGCGAGACCGUACUUUUCUGCCUGGACUUUGCUGUAAAUCAGGCUACUCAUGGAGUGGAUCUUUACCGCAUUGGUGAUGAUGUCUGGUUUUGGAACAAGGACUACGAUACCUGCACAAACGCCUGGGCCAGCGUUCUCAACUUCACGGAAAUUAUGGGGGUUAAGUUGGAUGAGAAGAAGACCGGCAGCAUGCGUAUCUCGCACAUUGAUGAGAAGACCAUCGAUGACCGCCUACCAGAAGGCGAGAUUCGUUGGGGUUUCUUGCAGCUCGACCCGAAGAGCGGUAGGUUCGAGAUUGACCAAAAGAUGGUCGACGGCCAUGUAGAAGAGCUGCGCACACAGCUACAGGGCAAAUCCAAGAGUGUGAUCGACUACAUCCAAGCCUGGAAUUCAUAUGCUGCGACUUUCUUCAGCUCUAAUUUCGGCAAGGCCGCCAACUGUUUCGGCCGUGAACAUGUGGACAAAAUGCUCGCUACCCAUCGUCACAUCCAGGACAGCAUCUUUCCCAAAAGCAGCAUUGUACAACACCUCAAGGACAUGAUCGAACAGCGCUUCUCCGUGAAGGGUGUUCCUGAUGGGUUUCUCUUCUUUCCAGUUGAGCUCGGCGGUCUGGAACUCAAGUCUCCGUUUGUGGGCCUUCUACAAACCCGGGAAUCGGUGGAAGAGGAUCCCUUCCAACUCAUUGACAGAUACAAAGAAGAUGAACGCGAUGACUACAAUGCUGCCAAGCGCAUAUUCGACAGGGGUACACGCGCUAACAAACAUCGCAUUGAAGAUACGAACUGGAAGCCUAGCGAUUCUGAGGCUUUCUUCUCCUUUGAGGAGUUCACCAAAUACCGCGAAGCAUUUGCUAGCGUAGGCAAGGCAAACCUGGUGAGCACAUACAAGGAGUUGCUGAAGCUUCCCCGAGAGAAGCCUAUCGAUGCAAGCGCGGAUGUCCAGUUUGCGUUGGCUCGACUGUCCGGCAACACCAACUUGCGGGGCAUUCUUACGCACUGGGGUUCCAUGGAGGCUUACUGGAAAUGGAUUGCUCAGAUGUAUGGCCCCGAGAUGAUCAACAUGUUUGGUGGUCUCAACGCUGUCGACUUUGGAUUGCUUCCUAUCGGCAUGGUCUCCAUGUUCAGACAGAGGCGUACUAAGUGGCAAGGUUGA